AUGGACCACUACUUAUACGAUGACCUCUACGCAUAUUCCUUGGGUUUUCUGCAGGGCCAAGGAUUAGAGCCGGCAUGGAUGAAAAACACAUCCUUGUGGGUCGCUCUCUCCAAGCAAAGAUGCGAGGAGAUUCAGGCAAAGUACAACUUCACCAAUGACGAACUGAUCCUGAGCGAGUGGCUCGACCGGAACAUUGUGCUUGCUGUAAUGACCGGUUGCAGCACCGAGUGGCCACAUCCAUGGAACGGGAGUGCCAAUCCUGCAAUUAAUGAAAUGGCCGGCUGGCGCAGCAGCACAGACUGCAAGCCAGUGACACACCGCGAGUAUGCCAAGCACUACUAUGUCAAGUGCCUUCUCGGUCAUCGCAACAGUGCUGCUGAUAUGGCUUGCUCGAACUCACGUGCCUUUCUGCAAGUUGAUGUGUCUGCUUUGAUUGGAGUUGGCGAUUGUUGA